CAACAAACAGUGAGGAACACGCACGACUGGUCAUAGAUCGCCUGUUCUAGACCCUGUUACGACAGCCUCUAUUAUCAUCUCUUCUAGAUGAUGGAUAUUUCCGUAAGAUAAAAUUGCAAAUGGGGAUUCCUGGACUUAUAAAUGCGAUCGGGCCUGGGGAUCGCAUCGCUCUCUCUAGGUUGGCGAUCACUCACCUGGAGCGGACUUCACGGCCCAUCCGCAUCGCUGUUGAUAUUUCGAUAUGGCUGUUCCAAGUCCAAUCGGGACGGGGAGGGACAAAUCCAGAACUGCGGACUCUAGUAUACAGACUGUUAAAGUUCUUGGCUCUCCCUGUGCACCCUCUUUUUGUGUAUGAUGGACGGCAUAAGCCGCCAUUUAAACGUGGAAAAGCAGUGGGUGGUCGCAGCUAUGGCUCAGCCCCGAUUAUUGGUCUUUCAAAGACUCUGAUAGACCUUUUCAAAUUCCCCAGACAUGAUGCCCCAGGAGAAGCUGAGGCUGAAUGUGCAAGACUGCAGAAGGCAGGCGUCGUGGACGCCGUGAUGAGUAACGAUGUCGACGCGCUGAUGUUUGGCUCCACGCUUACCGUGAUGAAUUUCUCUAAAGAGAAGUCGAGCGGAACAGCCGCGGCUACGCAUAUCACCUGCUAUCGGACGCGGGAGGAGGAAGGAAUGCCUGCAAACGUUCCCCUAGAUUCAGAUGCGAUGGUCCUCUUUGCCCUUCUUAGUGGAGGCGAUUAUCUACCAUCCGGCGUUCCUAAAUGCGGCAGCAAGCUCGCAGCGGAGAUCGCCAGAGCAGGGUUUGGUUCUGACCUCCUGGAUAUACUCAGAUCGGGUGCCACCGAUGCUGAGGUGAAAUUGGACGAAUGGAGGACCAGGCUGCAAUACGAGUUAGAUGAAAAUGAAAGCGGCUACUUCCAGACGAAGCACAAGGCCGUCAAAAUUCCGGAGACCUUCCCAGACAAGGAAAUACUCUCGUAUUAUGCCAAUCCAGUGGUUUCCUCCGAUGAAGAAGUGGAAGUGCUACGACGACGGCUGGUCAACGCCUGGGACCGUGAAAUUGACGCGCUGGAACUAAGGAUGUUUGCCGCAGAAUUCCUUGAUUGGAAGUAUCGCUCUGGGGCUAGGAAGAUUGUCAGAUGUCUGGCUGAACCUUUGGUCUCUUACAGGCUUCGGUUACAAAAGCCUGCAACUGUACUUCAGGGUUAUGGCUCUUUCGUCCCAAACACUACCAUUCCAACGGCGCAGCGAGUGUAUAAGAGCCGUACUCACUGGAGCACAGAUGGCCUGCCUCAGUUACAGAUGGAAAUGGUCCCAAUUGACGUUGUCGGUCUUGACUUGGAGGCCGAGGAACCUAAUCCUCCACUCCCCCAACAACAACAAGAGGUCCAGGGGUCCGAAGACGUCAUUGAUGAGGAAGACAGUGACUCUGAAGCAGAGGCUCAAGCUCAGGACUCACAGCAGCCAGCCAAGUUCUACAACCCAUAUGAACCGAUGAAGAUAUGGGUUCUAGAGACUGUGGCGGAAAUAGGGGCUCCGAGUGCGGUGGACACGUGGAGACGAGAACAGCUCAAAAAGGCGACAGCACCGAAAAGGAAGGCAAAGUCAGCGUCUACGAAGGGUACCAGCGCCACGAGGGGAAAGAAGACUAUAGACCCAGGCAUGAAACCCGGAAGUCUUUUUAAAUAUUACAGUACCGCCAAAUCCAGGUCGGACAUAUCUCCCGCCAGACAAGCACAGCUUUUGGAUGCGGCUCGCUCAAGCACAACGCCCGAAUCGAGUCCUACAAGCACCUGGGAGAAUGAAGGAAAGCUAGGUACUACCGCCUAAUUUGACUCAACGCGGACGCCGUACUGAUGGCUGAGAGCGACCCUCGAGAGGACCUAUUCAAAGAGUAUCGAUGAGCUUGUUGAUGAGUUCUGCUCGGCACAUACAGCAUC